UUUUGAGUUAAAAAAAUGGCAGAAUUUGAACAAAUUUUGGAAGACUUUCUUCGGACAUCUGAUUACCAGAAACAGUUGUCCACUGUUGCCGAUACUGUUGCCGACUAUGGCAACCAAUCGUCAUCGACAACCGCAACCGCAAGAGAAACCAUAGUUGCAAACAAUGUCGACAACAACAACAGCUAUGAUCUGUUGCCAGAAAAGAUCAGACAACGAGUCAAUGAACUGCAGAAACUGAACGAACAAAAGAAGUCGACUGAGUUUCGGUUUGUCGAAGAUUUUUUUUAUUUGAUCAAAAAGUACGAACAAAUAUACGAACCGUUACACGAAAUGCGAGCCGAAAUUGUGUCCGGAAUGUACGAGCCGUCGGACAGCGAUCUUCCCGACGACUACUACGACAACAACAACAACAACGUCGACAUUAACGACUCAAAGUGGACACAAUUGGCGGGAAUUCCUUACUUUUGGCUAAAAGUUUUGUACGCAUCCGAAGACUUUUCUAAGCGCAUUGUCGACGAAGAUGUACCGAUACUCAAACAUUUGGAGGACAUUCGUGUGGCAACCGAACCAUCGGUGCGUAGGUUUUCCAUUGAGUUUUACUUCUCGCCGAACGAAUACUUCAACAACGAUGUCAUCCAAAAAGACUUUUAUCUGCAAAUCGAUCCGGGCCUAUCCGGAGUUUACGCACAUUAAAUAAAAUUGAUUUUUUUCAACAGAUAAUAGUUAAUUAUGACCUAACAAACAUAUAUCCAUCAAAAUUAUUGCGCGGAAACACCUAAAACCUAACUAAAACCUAAUCUAAAUACC